AUGGGACCUGGAUAUGAAGUCACUUUUUCCUCCAGCAUAACUUUAUAUACAUUAACACAGGGAGGUUGCAGGCUGAGUGUUGAGAGAGCUGAAUGCUAUUUCAAGCAAGCCGUUCGUGGGGUGGAAUAUCUACACAGCACAGGUAUAGCACACCGCGACACCAACCCCGAGAAUCUUCUAGUGGCGGUCGAUGGUACAAUGAAGAUAACAGACUUCAGUCAUGCAGGGAGGUUCUGGGUAUCUGGUGGAGAAAUGUCAAAGAUAAGGCUGUGCAGCAACAGAUGUGGAAGUCCCUCGUACCUAGCCCCUGAGGUCUUUGUUGAGCGGCAUUUCGAUCCAAGGCCCGUGGAUAUGUGGGCUUUGGCGAUUGUAUACAUAGAGAUGAGGACUGGGAAGCUACUUUGGACCUUCGCCGCCGAAGGAGGCGACGAAUGUUAUGACAAGUAUUUGCAAGAUCGCAGUGGUCUCUGGGGGUAUCGUCCAGUUGAAAACGUAGAAAAUGAAAGUAGCAGGAAAACCAUAAGGUCAUUGCUUGAACCAAUGCCACAGAAUCGUUCGAGUGCAUCCCAGGUGCUCAGGUCUUCUUGGUUGACACGGAUAGAAAUUGCAGCUGGCGGUCGAGUCAAUCGAUGA